GAAAACAUAAUGGACGGGAUUUCAGACAAGAAACUCCUGAACAUUGGUAAUUCGAUCGGGAAUAACGACAAGCUCUUGGCUCUGGCACUUGAACUUGACUUCACACAUGCAGAAUAUAAGAAUUAUAAAGCGACCAAUCAGGGAGCGGGUGACGUCACCUCGGCGGGCACGAUCUCGAUGCUGUUUUGCUGGCGGGAGAAGAUGAAGAGGGAGGAGCAAGUGAGGGUCCUGUCAUGCGCACUAGAGAAAGUUGGCUUGGUGGAGGUAGCGGAAGAACAUCUAAAGGAGAGAGCUGAAGCGCAGCAACUGGCACCCAACGAUGCCAUCGACCGUGCGAUACAUGUUAAAAGGAACUUGGGGGAAAGAAUCAACGAGAACGUAUCCGAGGGGCAGCUUCUUCAGAUCUCUCGCGAAUUCCCAAAUGAAAUAUUCGACUCCUUCUGCUUGAGGUUGGGCGUCGGUUUAAACCAGUCCAGCAACAUCCUAACAAAACAUUGCAAGGAUUAUCACAAAGCAAUGAUGGAGAUUCUAAUGAUGUGGAAGAAUAGAACUUGCGGUCCAUGUGAGGAGCUAGAGGGUGCAUUGGAGUCAUCGGGAGCAGCAGAUCUGAUAGGCAGCAUACUUUACAAACCAAAUUGAUAACAGUUCUCGGUCGACAUUGUGGUUACACUUCGUAAUUCCGAAGGUUCGUAAUUCCGAAACACGUAAAUUGCCUUUGCCUCGAUGUUUGUUAAU